ACGUGUCCGCUGCCGAGGGGAGGCGCCUGAGCCGGAGCGGGCCCUCCAGCGGUCCGGCCCCGUCGGCGCAGAGGGUCCUGUUGGCGGCGCCCGGGAGCGGCCCGGCUGCCCAAUGCUCCCGCGCCGGCUGCCGCGGGCCGGGCUGUGCGCGUAGUGCCCGGCUCUGGCCCCCUGAAGUGCCCGCGGGGGUGGCAGCGGCCUCGGCCCCGCGGAGACGGAGCGGCUGGAGGACGAGGCGGCGGCCGCGGGGAGGAGGAUGGGGGCUAACCAGUUAGUGGUGCUCAACGUGUACGACAUGUACUGGAUGAACGAAUACACCUCACCCAUUGGAAUCGGCGUUUUUCAUUCGGGAAUUGAGGUCUACGGCAGAGAAUUUGCUUAUGGUGGCCAUCCUUACCCCUUUUCUGGAAUAUUUGAAAUUUCCCCAGGAAAUGCUUCUGAACUAGGAGAAACAUUUAAAUUUAAAGAAGCUGUGGUUUUAGGGAGCACGGACUUCCUGGAGGAUGACAUCGAGAAGAUCGUGGAAGAGCUGGGGAAGGAGUACAAGGGCAACGCCUACCACCUGAUGCAUAAGAACUGCAAUCACUUCUCCUCGGCGCUGUCGGAGAUACUCUGCGGGAAGGAGAUCCCUCGCUGGAUCAACCGGCUGGCCUACUUCAGCUCGUGCAUACCCUUCCUGCAGAGCUGCCUCCCGAAGGAGUGGCUCACGCCCGCCGCGCUGCAGUCCAGCGUCAGCCAGGAGCUGCGGGACGAGCUGGAGGAGGCCGAGGACGCCGCCGCCGCCGCCGUGGCCGCCUCCGUGGCGGCCGCCGCCGGCCCCCGGCCCGGGCGCCACACGAAACUGUAAACGUGGCCAAAGUCACACCCUCAGAGCUGUCCCUGACCGUGGACUGUCAGCGAGAGAGAAGUAAAAGAGUAAGCGUCCUCUGGACGUUGGUAUGCAAAGACGGCUCUCCCCAAACCCGUGUUUCAGCUCAGGAUUAUAUUUGUAAUCAAAA